GGUGUCGCGUUUCCCCGGUGCGGUGCGGUGCGGCGCGGCCCGGCCCGGCCCGGCCCCCCCACGCCUCCUCCCAGCCGCGCUUUGACACCUUCGGGGCGUCGAAACGGAGUUCUUCACAAAUCACUUGCUUGGUUUGCCAUCCCUUCAGAAGAGACUUGGAUGCAGCUCUUCCAGCCUUGCUGUUGCACAAGUCUCAGUUAAGUGGAUUGUCAAGUUGGCUUGGGGAAAAAAAAAAAACCAAAACAACCCAGCAGAAGAAGAUGUUUCACGUUGUUCAGUAUCAGCCUUUAAGACUAAUAACCCAAAACAGUCUUUCUAGCAUGUGUUUAAAACUGAUGCUUUCAAGACCUGUUGCAUUUGCACAGAUAUGGAAGUCAUGGUUCUCAAGCCAUUCUCUUGUUGGAAACAAAAAUAUUAUCCUGAUGGGACCUCCGGGUGCUGGGAAAACAACGAUUGGGAGAAUAGUAGGUCAGAAACUAGAUUGCCCUGUCAUAGACAUAGAUGACCAUGUCCUUGAAACAACCUGGAAUAUGAGUGUGUCAGAAAAACUGCAGGAUGUUGGUAAUGAGCAAUUUUUAGAGGAGGAAGGAAAAGCCCUGUUGAAGUUUUCAGCAUCUGGAAGUGUCAUUUCCCUUACUGGGUCCAAUCCAAUGCAUGCUGCUGGCAUGCAGCAUAUGAAGAAAACUGGAAUAGUUGUAUAUCUGGAUGUGCCCACAACAGUCAUUAUGAGCAGGCUGAAAUCAAUGAAAGUGGAUCGCAUCAUGGGCCAGUCUCCUGGUAUUUCUCUCAAGGACAUACUUCAGUUUAGGAAGCAGUUCUACAAAAGGUGGUAUGACAUCCGUGUUCUUUGUGGAGGGGAUAUUGCAGCAGAGGUUGUAGCAGAAAAGGUACUUGAUGCUGUGAAGAGAUACCAAAACUCGGAACUGGAAACUUUCAUUUCAACUAGGUCUAGUAGGUCUGGAAGGACUAUGGAAAAAGACUCUCAUAAGUAUUUCAGUGAUGUUGUUACUGAGGGCUUAGCCCCUGAUGGAGGACUCUUUGUUCCUGAGAGAGGACUUCCAAAAUUCACUGCUGGAGAAUGGCAAAGUCUAAUAGAAGCAACUUACAUUGAAAGAGCCCAGGUGAUACUAGAAAGAUGCAUACAUCCUGCUGAUGUUCCUGCUUCUAAGCUGGCAGAAAUUAUUGGAACUGCUUACGGAGAAAACUUUACUUGUUCUAAAAUUGCCCCAGUUAGGCAUCUGGCAGGCAAUCAGUUUCUCCUUGAGUUAUUUCAUGGACCAACAGCAUCAUUUAAAGAUUUUGCAUUACAGAUGGUGCCACAUAUAUUUGCGUACUGCAUUCCCAGAAGCUGCAAUUACUUGGUUCUGGUAGCUACUUCUGGUGACACAGGGAGUGCUGUCCUAGAUGGCUUUAGUCGUCUCCAUGACACUGACAAACAGAGAAUUGCUGUGAUGAAUUUUUUUCCUGAGGAUGGAGUAAGCCCAAUUCAAAAAUCACAGAUGAUUGGCUGUCAGAAAGAAAAUGCCUGGUCAGUAGGUGUCAAAUCUGAUUUUGAUUUUUGCCAGUCAGCUAUAAAGCAAAUCUUUACUAAUUCUGAUUAUACUGGCUUUCUUACAGUAGAAUAUGGAACAGCUUUAGCCACAGCAAACUCCAUAAACUGGGCACGACUGCUUCCUCAGAUAGUUUAUCAUGCCUCUGCAUACCUCGAUCUUGUUCAUCAAAAUAUUAUUCCUUUUGGAAGCCCUGUGGAUGUUUGCAUUCCUACAGGAAACUUUGGCAACAUAUUAGCUGCUUUGUAUGCUAAAAUGAUGGGAAUUCCUAUUAGAAAAUGUAUUUGUGCUUCCAAUGGAAACAAUGUUUUGACUGACUUCAUAAGAACAGGUGUUUAUGAUUUGAGGGGAAGAAAAUUAAUUCCCACUUUUUCACCAGCAGUAGAUAUUUUGAAGUCCUCCAAUCUUGAGCGAUACUUGCACCUGAUUGCUAAUGAGGAUGGACAACUGGUGACACAAUUAUAUAACCAGCUGGAAAAUCAGGGCUACUUCCAGCUACGAAAAGAUCUACUUGAAAAGCUUCAGCAGGACUUGCUGGCUGGCUGGUGCUCUGAGGAGGACUGUCUAGCUGCCAUUCACUCUGUAUACAGUACUACAGGAUAUAUUUUGGAUACACACACAGCUGUUGCUAAAGUAGUUGCAGAUCGAUUACAAGAUAGAACUUGCCCAAUUAUUAUUUCAUCUACAGCUCAUUAUUCUAAGUUUGCACCUGCUAUCUUAAGGGCCUUGAGGAUUGCAGAAAUAAACCAGAAUCCAUUAAGUCAGCUUCACUUGCUGAGUUCUUACAGCCCUCUGCCUCCAGUCCACUGGGGCCUAUUAGAGACCCUGAAAAAGAAGGGGAAUGAGGAUCGCCAGGUCUGUGCUGCUGAUAUGAGUAUGCUGAUGUCCCAUAUAGAAAACUUAAUUCAAAAUCAUUUUACGAAAGUUUUCUGAGCAACUGAUCAGAUGUCCACUGCGUCAAUUGCGAUACCUUCUUAACAAGCUGCAUGUUCUAAUACAGUCAUGAUUCCUCUGGCCUGUGUGCAGUCCACAGCGUAACGUCCGCAGUUUUGCAUUCAAUUGUCAAGUUUUCAACAGUAUUUGUAACACAUGUGAGAUUUCUAGUAGUGGUGAAAGGUUGUGAAUUGAAAGUAUAAAAGACUAGAAUACUUUUUUGCAGGUCAUGCAUAGCAGAGGCGCCAGUACUGCCGGCUUUCCUUGGCAGUGCUGUCUCCUUCACAAGCCUGAAGCGUUCUCCAUGGAAGGAGGAAGAUAAUGAAGUCUGACCUUUCUGAAACUAAUAGCUCUUGUUUUGUUGCAAGAAUGAUGUGAUCAUUUGGUCAGUGGGUGAUUAGUUAAACUUUAACUCACUUCACUUAGGGCACCGAAACAUACUAAGAUAUUGUAAUGAUGUUCGUAUGUUACUAAUGAGGGUUGAUUUCACUACAAAGAUUGACAUAUACUUGUAUUGUUAAUCCUUGAACCAUUCAAUUUGGUGGUAUGUUGCCUUCUUGUAUAAUGUUUUUAAUGUAUUGUGAGGCCAGCGUUUAUGUAAAAAAAUCUGGUCACUUUGUUUUUCACACUUCUUUUCCUCCCAGGUAUUGUCCUGUGUAAAAUAGAAUCCUUCAUUCAAUACUUUUAAUAUUUUUUGAAAUGUGACUCUUCCUCCAGU